UUGUGGCCCCCGUUUUGAGAGACGACCAUCUUUUUUUUUUCCAUCCAGAUGUUCGGCCAAUGGGAAGUCUUGCCGUUUCCAGUAAAGGAAGGAGGCGGAGGAAGGAAUGCUGCAAGAUGCUCAUUAUUAUGGCUAUGAAAACCAGUGGCGAUUAGAUAAAACAUCCACUUGCAUGUAAGAUUUACGAGGAUGAUGAGCACCGUGUCCGCUGCGGCUGUCGCGGUGUGGCUUGGUACGGUUUACAUUGCACGUGCCUAUGAUGUGAAACACAGCACUUUACACGAGGGAAAUGUCCACAUGGAGCGAUCCAUGGGCUUGAAGCAGAGAACAGCCUUGUACAGAGAUGUGGUCACCAUCUUGUCGAGGUCUCACGCAGACCGUAACGUCUACCCAUCUGCAGGAGUGCUUUUUGUCCAUGUUCUGGAAAGAGAGUACUUCAAAGGAGAGUUUCCUCCCUACCCCAAAUCAGGUGAUGCCAGCAAUGACCCAAUCACUUUCAACACCAACCUGAUGGGCUACCCUGACAGGCCAGGCUGGCUGCGUUACAUCCAGAGGACACCGCACAGCGACGGAGUGCUCUAUGGGUCCCCCACUGCAGAGCAUGUUGGCAAGCCCACUGUCAUAGAGAUUACUGCCUAUAACAGACGCACUUUCGAGACGGCACGGCAUAACUUGGUCAUAAACAUCAUGGCCACAGAAGAGUUCCCUCUGCCCUACCAGGCGGAGUUUUACAUCAAAAACAUGAAUGUGGAGGAGAUGCUAGCCAGUGAGGUGCUGGGGGACUUCCUAGGAGCGGUGAAGAACGUAUGGCAGCCUGAGCGCCUCAACGCCAUCAACAUCACCUCGGCACUGGACCGUGGCGGCCGUGUGCCCCUGCCCAUCAAUAACCUCAAAGAAGGAGUGUACGUGAUGGUUGGUGCUGAUGUUCCCUUCUCCUCCUGCCUGCGGGAGGUGGAAAGCCCACAUAACCAGCUGCGCUGCAGCCAAGAGAUGGAGCCUGUCAUCAGCUGUGACAAGAAGUUCAGAGCUCAGUUUCACAUCGACUGGUGUAAGAUUUCUCUGGUUGACAUCAACAAAGUAGUUCCGGUAUACAUUACCCGUCCUGACCCAGGCACAGGGAUCCUGCCUGAAUUUGGGGAAUAUAACCCCCCCUCUGAGUCUCUGAAGAGCCGGGACUACUUUUCCGACUUCCUUAUCACACUCGCUGUUCCCUCCGCUGUGGCGCUAGUCCUCUUCUUCAUCCUCGGCUACACUAUGUGCUGCCGACGGGAAGGGGUGGGAAAAAGAAACAUGCAAACACCAGACAUCCAGCUGGUUCACCACAGCUCGAUCCAGAAGUCCACCAAGGAGCUGCGGAGCAUGUCUAAGAACCGUGAGAUCUCCUGGCCGCUCUCCACCCUGCCCGUCUUCAACCCAGUCAGCGGUGAGGUGGUGGCGCCCAUCCAUCCCGACAACUAUGAGACCACCAGCAUGCCCCUCAUGCAGACGCAGACAAACCUGCAAAAUCAGAUUACGAUACCACAGCAACGGCCAUCAGGUAAAUGGUAUUCCUGAGGAGAGAAAGGUGGCCGAAGCCCUUAAUUUGUGACCACAAAACACCUGUGUCGGAGCUACCUUUGUUUCCAUAGCUAUAUAUUUGUUUUUUUUCCGUUUGAGCCAAUCUGCAUGCCUCAAAAGUGUCUUUACAAAGUUUUAUCGUCCAUAUGCACUUACACCUUGAAGAGUGACAGUGUGAAAGAGAAACAACAGCUUAGCUGAUUAUAAAGAUACAUUAGAAUAUUUUGGAAUAUAUGUGUAAAUGUUAAAACUAUGAUGUUUGUAUUUCUACUUGCUUUGCACAAUGGACCUCUUAGAGGAAAAGGGAGUUUUACAUAGAAAUUCUUCAGUUGUCAUGUUUUAUUAACUAUAUUUGUAAUGUGUAACAUGAUGGCGAUAAAAAAAAUUUCAAAAUAGUUUGUUUAAACUUCAUGUACCUUUGCCCCAAUAAUUAAGGAGACACUGGUGAUGCCUGGAUGACAUGGAAGGUGUUUUUUUUUUUUUUUCCAAAAAAAAAAAAAAGCAGCCUAAACAGCACAUUUUAUGAAGGUAUUAUUAACAAUGUACAACAGAAUAAAGGCAUUUAUAAAUAAUAUGGAUACAGUUCACAUUUUUGAAGACAUCACCAAAAAGAAUGUACAUGUAACAUAUUUCAAAGAGGUCCUGCACAGGGGGUAUAAAUAGUUGUUGGUUUUACAUGACCAAAGAGAUCUAUUAAGGCCUGAAACAUUUACCAAAUUUAUCGCUACUGAUCAGUUAGAGACGAGAAAGUAAACGGACCAGUAAACUUUACACAAAAAAGGAAAUUGCAGCAUGGAAAUGCCAUCCUUAUUUAUACAAAGAGGUGAUGACUGGUUAUAUAAAUUACAAAUUUACUUACUCAGUUUGAGAACACAACCUGAACUCUACAUAAUCAGAUAAAUGACAGGAGAAAGCUGAAGACAAAUUGUUGCACUUUAAAUUAAGGGGUCAUCCUUUGUGGACCCAUGUUUUUCAUUAAAAGGGAACAUGAUGACAUUACAAAAACAUGUAGAAAACAACUGACACUGCAAUCUUUUUCUACCCCAUGGUAGAUGAAAUAUGUAACUCGAAAUUCAUAUGCCAUACAGUUUGGAUCUUACAAUACUAUUUCUUAUUUGCCAAAUGAUCUUCACGAAACAUUUGAUUUACCCAAUAAGAAUGUGCGAAUGUAAAUAAAGUAUCUGCACUGGUACCAUGUUAAACAUUGUAUUUCACCUCAGAGAUGAAAAUAAAAAUGCAGUCCUUUAA